UCUCCCCGGUAAUCGUCGAUCUCCGCGCUAGAAACGGCAAGUGGCUGCGAAAUAUACAUAUACAAGAUUUGAAGUCAGGCAACAAUAACGAAAAGCCACAGGACGCGGAGGUCGACAACCCGGAAGGGGAAACCGAAACAACGGCCCGGGGUAUAAAACGACGGCCUCGAGCAGCGAAGCUCACACCUUCUCGAGCUGUCGCCCUGCGAUAAGAGAGAAGUUUUUGGCAAGCGCAAACGCAAGCACAAUAGCUUUCGAAUGAGCGAGCCCCGAGGUAUUGAGAUCGAAGAUCUCACCGUACUGUGGACGGAUCUCGCCCUCUCCGACGACGAGGAGAGGGCCCCGGCCGCCCCGCCGCCGUCGACGUCGCCACCACCAGCGACGCCACCGCCGACGUCACCGCCAACGUCACCGCCGACGUCACUGCCGACGUCACCGCCGCUACCACCAGCGAGCACACCGCCGCCGUCGCCAAGGCCACCGAACCCCCAAGUUCCGGCAAGGGGGACCAGGAUACAGCGGUCCGACACGACGCAGCGCCGUAAAGCGAUAUUGCUUACGGCUCCGUUGCCCCCACCACCCGGGCGCCGAGGACGCCAGCCCAAGACGCUGGCAGCAGCAGCGACAACAAGGGCUACCACCCGCCCCACCCGGCCGCCGACGACUCCGCCGCCGCAACGACCGCCGCCGCCGCAACGACCACCGCCGCAACGGCCACCGCCACCGCCACAACGGACGCCGCCGCCGCAACGAGCGGCAGGGACGCCUCUCCUCCCGACGACGCGACCACCCUCGGGUCCGACCCCCGUCCGACCGCCGAAAAUACUCCGACCGGUCGGCCCGAGGCCACCGCCGCCGGUCCUCGUCGAGGUGGAGCCCGGGGUCCAAAAGCUCGUCCCCCACGCGGCCGUUCAC